AUGCCAAUAUUUCGCCCGUGGGAGGAUAGAGCGUCGCCGAGCAGUUCAGCUGCUUCUCCCGGCUCAGCCCCAACCCCAUCGACGUCUUCUGGGUGUUCGGAGGGAGAACUCUCUGAGUCUCGGCCCUCUCCAACGUCCAAUCGGCCAUCCUCCCUGCGCUGUGAAUGCCCGAAUUGUGGUCGUGGAGGUGGAAAAGUGCUCGAGCAUAUCUGCCAUCACGAUGGAUGCACCAAGAAAUAUCGAAAGACUAGCCAUCUGAAGGCCCAUCUCAGAUCGCACGCUGGGUGGCGUCCAUUCGUGUGCACAUUCUCGGGUUGCCCACGGGCCUUCGGUCGUUCCGAUCAACUGCAACGUCAUCUCAGAUCGCAUACCGGGGAAAGGCGUCAUGUAUGUCCACAUUGUCACAGGAGAUUCGCGCGGUCAGAUCAUCUACAACAACACAUCACCCGCCAACAUCACAAUCUACAACAACAAUCAUCCAAUCCCCCGCUCACAAUGCUGCCCUUCCUCGUCCAAAUGCCAAUCUUCUAUCCACAUCCCCUCAUCUAUCAAACGUCAUUCCAAGUCUGU